AGGAUUAUCCGGAUCACUGUGAUUAGUCUUGUGAGGGAGUGUCACCCUUCUGCCCGGUUUGGGGAUAAAUCGGAAUCCUAUAUAAAGGAAGGCCUACCUCUGGAAGCCACCAGUCAUCCAGCAAUCAUGAAGUUGGUGGACCUGGCGUUGAUCUUGGCAGUGAGUGCCGGGAGUUGGGGUGCGGAGACAGAAGGCCAGCUCUCCACGUCCAUUGCUGGAGCUGACACAAGCUUCUACUUGGACUCGAGAGGGGCUAUAUCGACCCUGCAAGGAGCCACACCAAAUGAUCGCCUCCAGGAGACUCAUGAACAGCUCAUCAAGAGGUUUGAGGAAGAAGUCACUCAGUCUCAACUAAGCUAUGAUGCUGAAAGAAAUCCUCAGCCUUCUCUGAAUGCCCCAUACCAAUGGGCAUAUGAGGUCAACGCAGCUUCAACUGGUGACCAAAAGAGCCAAGUUGAACUUAGAGAAGAGGAUGGCAUUGUGCGUGGCAGGUAUUCUGUGGUAGACCCUGAUGGUUCACUCAGAGUUGUCACAUACAUGGCUCACCCCGAUGAUGGAUUCCAAGCAACUGUCGACAAGCAAGUUGGAUUUCAGGAACCUAUUGAUACUGAGAGUUUGAUUGUGCUGGCUUAUACCUCCGAAGGACGACAAGACCAGCAUAAUUUCCGAGAACAGAUUGCUUCUCAGAAGCAACUCCUUAGUUCUGGAGCCUCUCAAAGACAAACCCAGCGCAUAAAUCAACAAGGUCAGUUUAGCCAGCUAGAGUUGCAGCAACAACAGUCCAGAAACCAACGUGAAUACCUUGGCCAACAACAAGGAUUGCAGCUAAAAAAUUCAGGAAGUUCAACUGAAAGACGACAAAACUACAUCAAUCAGAGUGUACGAAACAAUCAGCCACAGAAGCAAAGCCAAGUUAUAAAUCAACAGAUAAAUUAUAGAAAUCAGCAAGACCCCUCAAACAGUCAAACCAGUCGUUCAAAGCACCAAUAUGGCGACAGUAAGAAGUUACCGUACUCCCGCCAAGGGCAUCAGGCAUCAUUAGUCCAUACACAGGAUAGUUCAAGUGCUGAACAGCAGCAACAGUACUACACCAAUGACAAACAAUUGCAAAUAAAUCAUGAUGAAACACCAAGGAAUUAUCAUGGCACAACAAAAAGAAAUCAAAACAACCAACAAUCAGCUCUGCUAAUCAGCAGACAGACUCUUCAGGGCCAAGAAUACAGAGCUGAAAAACUUGCUCAACAGCAGCACUACAACAACAGGGACCAAAAUCGACGUCAAUAUAGUAACAGGGAUGAAAAUCGACCUCAAAUUAACAACAGAGACGCUCUCAGAAUUCCGCAGAAUUAUGAGAGCGAUCAACUGACUCAGUACCGUCAGCAGCAAAACUCGCAAAAUAAACAAACUGCAUAUGAUGUUGAUAAUAAGAGUGUUGCCAACUAUGAAAUCCAUACCCAAGCUAACCUGAAGUUGAAAGAUAAUGGUGUGUAUAAUAUCGUUCCCAUUAUUCUGCGACGUGUGAGACAAACUGAAGCAGAUGAAGAAUAACUUAGAAGGGCCGCACGAAACAAGGCGAGCAUCAAACUCUAAUGAAUUCUGUAAAACCAUAAGUUUAAGGGUUAGAGAACAAUCAGCAAACAGCUUCGAGAUAUUUUCAGUCUCGAAACUGUGCGUGAAUCAUACUCUCAUCCUCUGAUCUGUGGCUUUAUAAUAACUAAGGAGGUAAUUUCGUUUCAGGCACAUAGUCAGAUAUUAGACAUUCUUUGGAUCACACCAAAACUUUCAUGAGUAUGUUCACUAUACAAGAAUAAAUAGACUGUUUUGUAAAGACCUUUCAUAUAUAUAUAUAUAUAUAUAUAUAUAUAUAUAUAUAUAUUAUCUAUAG